AUGAAUAACCCUGCAGUUCCUCAUGACUCAUUUCAGUUCAAAGAAAUGGACCUGUCUCACCAACUAUUAAGGCAGCUUAAUAGUCUACGGCAUGAAGGGACUUUAACCGAUGUUGUACUCUGUGCUGGGAACAAAGAGGUGCCUUGUCACCGAAACGUAUUGGCAUCAAGUAGUCCCUAUUUCAGGGCUAUGUUUUGUCACAACUUCAAAGAAAGAUUCCUGAAACAGGUGCAGUUGUUGGGGAUCGAUGGGGACAUUCUGACUCUACUUGUGGAUUAUGUGUAUACAGGUGAAAUGACUAUAAACACGGCAAAUGUUUUCCCCUUGAUGGAUGCUGCUGCAAUUUACCAGUACCCCAGGGUGCUUGAGGCUUGUUCAGUGUACUUGCAAAGUCAGUUAACUGCUGACAACUGCCUGGGCAUGGUAAGGCUGGCGCAAGUGUACGACUGCAAAAGUCUGCAGUGUGGGGCCAAAGAGGUGGCAUUGGAGCACUUCCUGGAGGUGGCAUCCUCUGACGAACUGAAGGAGCUCUCCUGCACCGAGAUGGCGGGCUACCUCGGAGACGAUGAACUCCGCGCCGAAGAAGAGCAGGUAUUCGAGGCCCUGGCCACCUGGAUCAGCCACGACCCAGAGGCCAGGCAGCGGCACGCGCACAAGCUCCUGGAGAAGGUGCGACUCCAGUACGUGCACCCCACCUACCUCUUCCACUUCAUCGCCAACAACCCCUUCGUCCAAGCCUCAUCCAUGUGCAGAGGUAUCCUGGAAUCGGCGCUGAGGUUGCUAUUUUCCUUGAGCCCCACAAACGGCCCUAACGUCCAGCCCCUGUGGCACGUACCACGCAGGCGUUCUUCCCAGGAGUUCCUCGUCACCAUUGGCGGUAGGAAGAGCAACCAUCAGACCACAAGGGAGGUGUUCUUGUAUAAUUACACAAAACAGCAAUGGCUAGCCCUCUCGAAGCUUCCCGCACAUCUUUACAAAGCUUCAUCUGUAUGUCUACACAGGAAUGUGUACCUCCUCGGGGGACUGAUCAGUGACAACAAGAAGAGCAUUGCGAGUGCCAGAGUUUAUAGCUUCUCCUUGAAAAUGAAUCGCUGGCGGUCAGAGAGAGACAUGCCCCUCGCCUGCUAUUCCCAUCAGACUCUGGCGCACAUGAAUUGUAUUUUCUCUCUGGGAGGAAUUGGGCCCAGUCAGGAGAUACUGGACACCAUGCACAGGUAUGACAGUGUGUUUGGUAUCUGGGAGAAGAUGGCUCCCAUGCCUGUUGCCGUGCUGCACCCGGCCACCGCUGCCGUCAACCAGCGCCUCUAUGUUGUUGGCGGGGAGGACGUGGUCCAGAAUACCGCUCGCUUGAUACAGGUUUACAACAUAUCGCGGAACAUGUGGUUCAGAAUGGAGACAAGAAUGGUUAAAAACAUCUGUGGCCCCGCAGCUGUGGUUGGGGACAAGAUUAUUAUUAUUGGAGGAUACACAAGGAGAACUAUUGCCUUUGACACAAAGAGCAGCCAGUUUAUAAAAUGUGCCGAUAUGAAAGAGAGGAAGAUGCACCAUGGGGCCACAGUUGUAAACAAUAAAGUUUACGUUACUGGAGGCCGACAUAUCACUUCUGACCACAUCAUUGAAGACAGUGAUGCCUUUGACUGCUAUGACCCAGAGACAGAUAGCUGGACAUCUAAAGGAAGCCUCCCACACAAACUCUUUGACCAUGGGUGUCUAACGCUACAAAGCAUUCCUUACAAAUCCUGCACAAUGUAAGUGUUGUGACAGAGUGUCACAGCAAGUGGUUUGGGCAGGAGAAGACCAUAAGUCCAUUCCACUUGUCCAUGUGUGGUAUUCCUCUGUUGUGGCAUGCUUGCGUUCAUCGGUCGGGAUAUUGAGUAUCAGAGUCGGGAAGACAUGGUGAAGCUUUGUAAGACUUAGGUUUGGCUGCAUUUGCAGCAUCGUGUGCAGCUCUGGCUGCCCCAUUCUUAGACAGAUGUGGAGGCUUUGGAAAGGGCACAGAGUAGGCCCAGAAUGAUGCCUGG